AUGAAGAAGUUUUUAUCCUUAUCAAUAAUUGUGAAUGUAAUUUUCUCUUACAUUUAUUAUGACACCGGAUUAUUUCAAAACUUUGAUUAUACUAUAGAUUCAAGUUUUAAUUGCAGAAAUGGUUAUUCAAAAACAACUACAAUUACAUUUUCGAACUCUUUUGAAAAUAUGCCUUAAGUAUUUUUUACGAAUGAAUACAUGGAUUAUGAAAAAGCAAUUUUAGGGUACAAACUAUCUAUUACAACAAUAACUAAAACAUGUAAUUUUAAUAUUAAUAUUUAAAUAGCAUUUACAGUCCAAAUAACCUGUAUUUAAUAAAGAGUAUUCGUAGCCAGAUUAAGAUGGUUUGCUAUUGAUGAUUAACGUAUUGAAGUUAUAAGUAACUUCAAUAUGGAUAAUCCAGAUGAUAAGACAUUUUCAAUUAAAAAUCCUAAUGCUUAAACUGGAUUUGUAGUUAUGACGAGUAUUUAGUAUGCAGGACCAAUAGAUUUUCUAUUAGAGGUAAUAAUUGAUUAUAAAUAGAUAAGUUCAAUAACAACUAAUUCAGUUACAGUCAGUAUCACCAAAGUGGCAGGAAAAUUUACAAAUCUUAAGCAAGUUGGUUAUUUUGUUGUUGUCGGAAUUCAAGAAGCAUUUAUUAAUUUAGGAUUAAAGUCAGUAACAGGAGCCUUUAGUAGUGGAUUAAUCACAAUAUAACCAAAUAGAUGGUUUGCCAUUGCAUUGCAAGGACUGAAUUAUCCAAAUACUAAAAAUAUGAGGAUAAAAGCAAUAUUUACAGAUACAGCAACAACAAAAUCUUAUACUUGGGGCACUUGUAAUUAUAUAUAAUCAUUCUUUUAUUUUAGGGGUUGAAAUCGAAACUCCAAAUAGCCAUUCUUAAAUUUGGAUUUUAUACUAAUUUACAACUACAUACAAGCCAUUAGAAUGUUUUAGUAUAAGAACUAGUAGAAAAUAAGCAUUUGAUUUAACCAUUUUACCAACUUUCUAUUUAUAAUUAGUUUAAACUAAUUAAAUUUAUUUUACAAAUGGUAACUAUGAAUAUGUAGUUGAUAAAUCAAUUACACCACUUAAGAUGAAUAUCUAAAUGAAAUGUGAAAAUGGAAAGAAGGUUUAAGCAGAAUUUAAUAAAUGUAAUGCUUGUAGUAUUUAAAAGACUUAUUCUUUUACUUAUAAUUGCUUUAAUUAGAUGAAUUACAUUGGUUUCUUCCCUUUAUUUUAACAAGCAUUCCAACAAUAUAAUCAUUUAAAAAUCAAUAUUCAAUCAUCAUCACUUGAAAUCAUAAAUGUUGUUUAUGAUUAAGUCAUCACAGAAAAGACAAUAGUCAAAAUUUAAAUAUUAAAUUAAUGA